CUAUCUAGGGUUUCAAAUCCAAAACCUCCACACUAUUUCUGGAAGACCCACUACAUCACUUCUUCCAGAUGCAAUCAUAUGACACUGGAUUCUGCACCAAAGGUGUAAACUUUUAUCUGUAAGUUGUUUUUUUCCUAUUCGAUUUCUGUGAGCUAUUCUUGAUUUAUACAGAAAAUAAAUAGUGGGAUUUUGACUAAAUUUGGUUAUAAGUAUUAAAGUUUGAAUCUUUGGAAGUAAUUAUAUGGGGAAAUCCGGUGGUAAGAAGAAAAAGGGUCAAAAUCAAAACCAGAAUCAAGGGGAGAACCAUAAACCUGUUGUUAAUGGUAUUGUUGAUUUGGACUCAUCCAUUUUCUUAAAAAGAGCCCACGAACUGAAAGAAGAGGGAAACAAAAGGUUUCAGGUUAAGGAUUAUGUAGGGGCUUUACAACAAUAUGAUAAUGCUCUCAAACUUACACCAAAAACUCACCCAGAAAGAGCUGUGUUCCAUAGCAACAGAGCGGCCUGUAUGAUGCAAAUGAAACCCAUAGAUUAUGAUUCUGUUAUUUCUGAGUGUACUAUGGCACUUCAGGUUCAGCCUCGGUUUGUUCGAGCUCUUCUACGGAGGGCCCGUGCACUUGAGGCUGUGGGUAAGUAUGAAAUGGCAAUGCAAGAUGUGCAAAUGCUAUUGGAUGCCGAUGGGAAUCAUCAGGAUGCCUUGGAAAUUGCAGGGCGGUUGAGCAUGAUACUUGGUCCUCGCCAGGAUGCCCAGCAAGACCUCCAGAGCCGCCCAUCUCCAGCUGCACUUGGUGCAUCUGCAGUGGGUGCCGCCUCUAUUGCUGGUCUAGGACCCUGUUUACCUUCUCGAUCAAUGUCUAAGAAGCCAGUACCAUCAACUGGGGCAACGGUUGUAUCAGUUAAUAGUAAACCGGAUAAGCCCUCUCAUGUUAUGCCAGCUGAAAAUGGUACUCAGGCCAAAGUUCAGUUGCCAAGGGUUUCCUUGAAGCCUUCAACUGGUCCUUCUAAACCUAAUGUAAGUCCUAGUAGGGAUGAUCAGAAGGAGCAUGCUUCAACCUCAGCAUCAAUUACAGUCCAUGGACACUCUAAAGAGGCUGUGAUUCGUUGGAGGCCAUUGAAACUUGUCUAUGAUCAUGAUAUAAGACUUGCCCAAAUGCCUGUAAAUUGCAGUUUUAGAGUCUUAAGGGAUAUUGUUAUGAAACGGUUUCCAAUGUCCAAAUCUGUUCUUGUUAAAUAUAAGGACAGUGACAGUGAUUUGGUAACUAUUACCUGUACGGCUGAGCUUAGAUUGGCCGAGUCCUGGGUUGAUAGUCUAGUACCAAAAGACCCUGAUGCAGAUGAAGGUGACUUCAUUGGGAUGUUGAGAUUGCAUAUUGUCGAGGUGAGUCCUGAACAAGAACCAGCUUUGUUGGAAGAGGAAGAGAGGCCUGUUGAGAGUGAGGAGAAUAUAGCAGAUGAGAGUGUAUCCCACUCUUCACUAAGUGAUUCCGUUGUGGAAACUCUGGACAGUGAGAUUAACAAGUCAGAGAAGGGCAUUACCAAAGAGAAAACCACAACAGAAGAUCCUGAAUGCAAGGAGGUUGAGAUGGAUGAUUGGUUGUUCGAGUUUGCUCAGUUAUUCAGGACUCAUGUUGGCAUUGAUCCAGAUGCCCACAUUGACCUGCAUGAGCUUGGAAUGGAGCUUAGCUCUGAAGCCCUUGAGGAGACUGUGACAAGUGAAGCAGCUCAAGCUCUUUUUGACAAGGCUGCCUUAAAGUUUCAGGAAGUGGCUGCUCUGGCUUUUUUCAACUGGGGAAAUGUUCACAUGUGUGCAGCAAGGAAACGAAUGCCAAUUGAUGAUUCUGCGUCAAAGGAGACGAUGGCUACCAAGCUUCAAGCAGCAUAUGACUGGGUGAAAGAAAAAUAUUCUCUGGCCAAAGAGAAGUAUGAGGAGGCUCUCUCGAUUAAACCAGACUUUUACGAGGGGUUGUUGGCAUUAGGGCAGCAGCAAUUUGAAAUGGCAAAACUUCACUGGUCCUUUGUCUUGGCUAAGAAAGAGGACCUGUCAUGUUGGGAUCGUACUGAGACGCUUGCUCUAUUUGAAAGUGCAGAAGAGAAAAUGAAAGCAGCAACUCAGAUGUGGGAAAAGCUGGAGGAGCUGAGGGCUAAUGAACUAAAAGAUCCUAGUACAAGCAAGAAGGAUGAACUACUAAGGAGAAAGAAGAAACAGGGAGCUGGUCCUGAAGGUGAGGUGUCAGCUACAGGUGGUCCAGGUGAAAUUUCAGCUGAUGAGACUGCACAGCAAGCUGCUGUAAUGCGAUCUCAAAUACAUUUAUUUUGGGGUAACAUGCUUUUUGAGCGAUCUCAAGUUGAAUGUAAAUUGGGGUUGACUGGUUGGAAGGUGAACCUUGAUACUGCAGUUGAACGAUUUAAGCUUGCUGGAGCUUCUGAAAUUGACAUCUCAACAGUUCUGAAGAAUCAUUGUUCCAAUGAAGAAGCUACUCAGGGAUCUCAGGAAAUGGUUGAGAGCCUGAAGACUGAGGGGAAUGAUAAUCCAAAUGACAAGAGUGAUGCCAGUAAAGCUUAGGCUACCUGACACUAAUUUAGCAAUAUUUAUUUUUCUUACAAACAACAUUUACGUUCAUGAGAUCAGAAAAUUUUGGCCUUGCAACGUCAAUUAUACAUUCAAGUUUUUUUGCUG